GAAGUGCCGGAUAUGUGUCGGACACCGCCGCAGAAAAACUGAAGCUGGCACCUCGCUGGACCUCCCGGGAUGUGGAGGAGAUAUUGAAAACUUCUGACUUGAGCUUCUACGACGUGGUCGUCUGCGUGGAUGCCGAGGCGCUGCAGCAACUUCGCGGUUUCGGGGAGCUCCCGGCGUCGGUGGUGGAGCUGGGCGAUUUCGGUCCGUACCUGGAUGAACGUCGGCCGGAGUCUCCGAUGAAGGCUUGGGUGCCAGAUUGGCGCCAGGUGAUAGAUCCCCAGUACGACGAGCGCCAGGAGGCAGCCGCAGCGCCCAAAGACGACGCCCUGGGCGUCUGGCUCACGGUGCCCGAGGACCUGGCGCGUCUUGUGCAGCCGCGCUACGAGCGAGUCCGGCAGAGCCUGUCCGCUGACGAGGCAAAAUUGGCCAAUGGUCUGUUUGGGGGCGACGACGAUGCGGCGGUACUCACGUACCAUGUUGCUGGGCUUGUCCGCUUCCUCAUGGACUCCUACCCGCUUGUGGGCUCGGGCGACGUGCCGCCGACCCAAGCCUCGGAGCUUCUUCGUCCCCACAGAAGCGAGGACCUGCCCCAGCUGCGGCCGCCCAAGGCGCCAGCCCAGGGUCUCUGGCUGGAGCGGGUCGAUCUGGAGGAUGCUGAGCCCGAUGCACUUUCUGAGGAGAAUGCCAGACAAGAAAAAAAAGUGCUUCGGGCAGUUGGGUGUCCUGGGGUUUCUGUACGUUCCAGACUAUGGUGCGAACGAAGACACUUGCAGCCGCCGUUUGGACUACUGGUUCUUUGGCACCUUGGGCUGACAAGUAGCAGGCCACUCAGGGGGGCCUUAAUAAUUCGUAGGACACGGCAUUGGAGUAUAUCAUAUUUUAGUAGAAACCAAUAA